UCUACCUCAACCACCACCACUAGGGCUAAAACCACUACUAUUUUCUCCCAUCCGUCUCUGUCGCUCCUGUAUCUCCCUUUCCCUUUGAGUUUACGAGAUCUCCUCUCGAAACCUGAGCGAGGCAGUCACGGAAAAGAGAGGCGAUACCCUCCUGCACAACAUGGCUGCAAUUGUAACCUCGACCAGAUUUACAGACGAAUAUCAACUGUACGAAGAGCUCGGAAAGGGUGCCUUCUCCGUUGUCCGGCGAUGCGUUAAAAAGUCCAAUGGCCAGGAAUUUGCUGCUAAAAUUAUCAACACAAAAAAACUAUCAGCAAGAGAUCAUCAAAAACUGGAACGAGAGGCCCGCAUCUGUCGCCUGCUCAAACACCCCAACAUAGUACGACUACACGAAAGUAUCUCAGAGGAAGGCUUCCAUUACCUCGUCUUUGAUCUUGUCACCGGUGGAGAGCUGUUUGAAGACAUUGUUGCCAGAGAGUAUUACAGUGAGGCUGAUGCCAGCCAGUGCAUCAAUCAGAUCCUGGAGAGUGUCCACCACAUGCACCAGCAUGACAUUGUGCACAGGGACCUCAAGCCAGAGAACCUGCUCCUGGCCAGUAAGCUGAAAGGAGCCGCGGUGAAGUUGGCUGACUUUGGGCUGGCCAUCGAGGUGCAGGGAGAUGAGCAGGCGUGGUUUGGUUUUGCAGGCACUCCGGGCUACCUCUCUCCAGAGGUCUUGAGGAAGGACCCCUACGGCAAGCCGGUGGAUAUCUGGGCAUGUGGUGUGGUCCUGUACAUUCUCCUGGUGGGCUACCCUCCCUUCUGGGAUGAGGACCAGCACAAGCUCUAUCAGCAGAUCAAGGCUGGGGCCUACGAUUUUCCCUCCCCUGAGUGGGACACAGUGACCCCCGAAGCCAAGAACCUGAUUAACCAGAUGCUGACUAUCAACCCUACCAAGAGGAUCACUGCUGACCAGGCCCUCAAGCACCCAUGGGUCUGCCAACGCUCCACUGUGGCUUCCAUGAUGCAUCGUCAAGAGACCGUGGAGUGCCUGCGCAAGUUCAAUGCCAGGAGAAAACUCAAGGGAGCCAUCCUCACCACCAUGCUGGUGACCAGAAACUUCUCAGUGGGCCGACAGCACACCAGCCCCGCAGCCACCACCAGCACGGCUGCUCUGGCUUCAGAAGCAUGCAAAAGUUUACUAAACAAAAAAUCGGAUGGUGGAGUGAAGCCGCAGACAAACAACAAUAAAAACAGUGUAGUGAGCAGUACCAGCAGCACCAAAGACAGCAGCAUAUCAUCUUCAGCACCAAUGGAACCACAGACCACUGUUGUGCACAACCCAGCUGACGGCACCAAGGGCUCCACAGAGAGCUGUAACACCACAGAAGAGGAGGAUGUGAAAAGUAGAAAAGUGUCUGCGUGCGGGUCUAGCGCGGACAGCGCAAUGGUCAGCCAGUGCAGUGCCAGUGAGGAACAGAGCCAGCCCCCUCACUGCCCACCCACCUCUCGCAAACAAGAGAUCAUCAAGAUUACCGAGCAGCUGAUUGAGGCCAUCAACAAUGGAGACUUUGAGGCUUACACGAGAAUCUGUGACCCCGGGCUCACCUCGUUUGAACCCGAGGCUUUGGGAAACCUGGUGGAGGGCAUGGACUUCCACAAAUUCUACUUUGAGAACUUGUUGAGUAAGAACAGUAAGCCGGUCCACACCACCAUCCUGAAUCCCCAUGUGCACCUGAUCGGGGAGGACGCGGCCUGCAUCGCCUACAUCCGCCUCACGCAGUACAUCGACAGCCAGGGACGACCGCGCUCCUGCCAGUCAGAGGAGACCCGCGUGUGGCACCGCCGCGACGCCAAGUGGCUCAAUGUGCAUUUUCACUGUUCAGGAGCGCCUGCCGCACCUCUCCAGUGACCCUUUACCAGACACAGCUUUGCCUGAAUUCUGAAGACGAUUGGAACAUUUCCUCUCAGUGGUUGGAUUGGCGCCUGGAGCCCGGCCGGAAGAGACCGCUUGAAGUUUUACAAUCCUUGGGGGGAAAAAUAAAAAUAAAUUAUAUUUAAAAGCCAACCGACAACACCACCAUAACCAAUCCAGUCCAACCCUAGCUUGAUGUUGGGGGCCGGCUUGGGCCCGAGGCCCUCCCCUCAGGACAGUGCAUGCUUCUGACGCCCAUGGGGGGCACGCGGUCUUGUUCUUUUUCCAUGGAUCCAUAUUUUUUGCCCUUUGUUUGGAAAGGUGUUUAAAGUAUUAACAUAUGUACAAAAAAUAUGAAAUUAUUAAAAAAAAGUCACAUUAAUCAACAAUGAUUAAAUAUGAAUUUUCUAUAUAAAAAAGGAGCACACACCCUAAUAUUAGUGGUGGUUGUUUUUGUGUUUUGUUUCACAAUGAAUCUAGUUGUUUUUCUUUCUUUUUCUGGAUGCAAACAAAUGCUAGGAGGGAAAAUGUAAGAAAGAAACUAAAUGAUGAUACUUAGUAUUAGAAUUAAGAACACCAAAGUGUAGACUUUAGGCAUUUAAAUACAUUGUUUUAAUGUAGAUGUAUGUUUUUCUGGGUUAGGCGGGUUUCAGAAGGGACAGUGUUUUAGUAUUCAUAUGUGUUAUUGUGGAAGUCUUCAUUUUUAUCCCCUGAAUGAUGCUUUAUUUGAAAGUAUUUUGUGUUUGAAGAAUUUUUAAAUGGGGACUUUAUUUAAUAUAGUAAUGUAUACAUAGCUAUUUAUAAGGAGAAAGGGAAAAGACUCUACUUUCAGAGUUUGGAGAACGGAUGUGUGUGAGAGUGAAUAUGUGUUCUCCUGUCCCUAUUCAGCCUCUUUUGCAGUUUGAGAUCCCCUGUGUACACACAUUCACACAAGGCCCAAACUCCAGGCCCCUGUGCUGUGCCCUUUGGGUCUAUAAACCAGCCUGCUCCUCCAGCUUCAGCCACAAUCUCCUGACCAACACAACCUGAAGUUGCAGAACACUACCAUCGGUUUUCAGUGCUGAGUUGUGCCCUCUAGAGGCCCAAAGGAAGAUGGCAAUGACACAAUCAGUCAAGCCAACUGAUACUAUUCUGACAGAGGCCCCAAUCUACAAACUCUGAAAGCUCGGAUACCUCUCCCUUGUAUCAUUUCCUACUAUGAUUUUAGCAUGUUUGAUCAAUUGGGGGGGGUCUAAAAUGGCCUGUACUGUUUUGCACAUAAAUUUGAGACUCAAUGCUGUUCUGUUCACUCCCCAGGUGAAUGUUUCUGCAACUUCAGGUUAAGCUCGCCCACUCCUGAGGUGUCUACCUGUGUUUCUAUAGCGAGCGACCCUGCUAAUCAGCUUUCUAGCUUUUAGUUCCAUUCAGUGUGACGAUGUCACCCUUUGCCUGUCUCGUUUUGAUCCCCGUCCUGUUCUCUAACGUACAUGGUCUUUUUUUUGCUUGCUGUACCUCUCUUUAAAAGCAUGUGAAAAUGAGAAUGCAGUAAAGUGGGGUGCUGAGUUGACCCGUGGCAUUUCAGACCUCUGGCUGGGCAUAAGAUUGGAUGGGACGGUGGAGGCUGGGUGCUUGGGGGCCACGGUGAAAGCAAUCAAUGGAUUGGUCCCUUUGUCACGGUUUCUGUUGUAACAGUUCUAGAUGUUAGUGUUCUUACUGGUGGUAUUAUGAGUGAUCUAAGUUUUCUUUUGAGAUUGGAGCUGAAAUAUGGAGAGGCAGUUGAGGUGAGGGAUGGGGCUCAGGCUGCUAGCAAAUCACACCCUGUCCCCCCCACACACAUGCAGAAAAUGCCACAAUAGACAUGGAAUCAACACACGCACACAUGGUGUACUCACAAUGCAAAUUAUAUUUGAAUAGAUAUGGCCAGACACACAAAAUAAACCCUCGAAACAGUCUCACUUAAAAAACAUAUCUUUGUGUUGAUGGUAAAACAUUGGAACACUGUUUUUCGCCGUGUUGUAGAAACUUGUGUGUGGCUUUGUACCGCCAGUGGGGUGAAGCUUGCCGUUUACCCCUUCACUUCUGUGCUAAGCAGCUCCAUAGUACUCGUGUUCCAUUGAACCUGUCAAAGGCCGGGCACCAAAAAGCUGAAAAAUCAACCUACCGAUGAUAUCAAAAAAUGUUGAAGGAAACAAAACUUGUGUGCUGUUUUUAUCAUGAAUCACAUGUGGCCCCACCCUAUUGCGUGUGCUGCUGGGUGUUGUGACAUAUCUGCAAUGCCAUGACACUGUAUUCCCCUUUGCACCAUGAUGCGAUGUAUACAGUACUGAACUAUGUUAUGUUUUUUGGAUCCGAGUAGUUUUCCUGACUUUGCGCUGUGGGUAUUGACCUCUCUCCCCCACCGGGCCUGAUGCUUCCAUUCAGUGUGUGUUCACACAGCCAUGGGAAUGAGUAUAACCAUCCAGUUUAUUUCAAUUCUUUAAAAUAAUUCAAAAGGGAAGAAGAGAGAAAUAGUAGUUACUGAGGGAAGGACAGUUAACCUUUGAUUAUACUAUACCUUACUGGCCAGCAGGAUAGGAAGAGAGUUGAUAUUAAAAAAAAAAAAGAAUAAUGAAAAAUAUUAAAAGCCAGAUUUUAAUAACAAAAAUAUAUAUGCAGUUUUACAAGAGAAAAUAUGCAUGUCUUCUUUCUGGUAAUAUUUUUUACUGUCUGUGUUUACUUAAGAAAUGGAAAUCUAUAUAUGUUACUUGCACCUUCAAGGUCAAUGAAAAUGGCUCUGUCUCAAAUAUUGAAAUGAAGUGAUGUAUCACGUAAAAUAAAACUACAAAAAAAGCCUUA